CACCAAAAGCGGGUGGGAGAUGAAUGGGUAACCCUGAAAUCCCGAAGAAGCUGGAAGACUGAGCGACCACCAGCUUAAGAAGUGCACGAGAAAAAAAGUGCGUGACAACUUAUAAUGCUUACGUGCGCGAAUAUGGCGCAUUUAAUUUAGUGUCUAUGAGGCGCACACGCGCGAAACAAAACAAAACGGAAUGUCUUUCUAAAUGUAUAACAAACCUGUUAUUUUGCAUCCAAAACGGCAUGAUUCCUCCGUUUAACGUGUUAUUUCUCGGACACUCAUGGGAUGUUGGACAACAAGUCUCGACUUCGGACACCUGAAAGCGCACUCCAAGGUGUCCGUGUUUUUUACCAUGAUCCUUGUGUUCACUUAUUUAUUCUACUGCCUCACUGGAUGCUGCGAGUCCAUACCGAGUCCGCUUUACGUCCAUCAGAGUUUCCGAAGCAAACUUUUCCCCAAGGAAGGGAAGAAGCUCCAGGCGGACGCGCGCGUGAACGGCUCGUUUCCCGAUCAGGACGCGGAAGAGGAGACGCGAUUGAGAGGCUCGGGUUAUGACAUUUACAGCAAUCUUUCUGUGUCGAACAACUUUGGCACCAAAGAGUUUCCCCAGGCGAUUAUUAUCGGCGUGAAAAAGGGAGGAACGCGCGCGCUUCUGGAGUUCCUGCGCGUGCAUCCUGAUGUGAGAGCCGUGGGAGCAGAGCCGCACUUCUUCGACAGGUUCUACGACAAGGGUCUGCAGUGGUACAGGAAUCUAAUGCCUCGUACGUUAGACGGCCAGAUCACCAUGGAGAAAACGCCCAGCUACUUCAUCACCCAUGAGGCCCCGGCGCGAGUUUUCUCCAUGAGCCGCGGCACCAAGCUCAUCGUUGUGGUGCGAGACCCUGUAACACGGGCCGUGUCCGACUACACCCAAACCCUGAGCAAAAACCCCGGCCUGCCGUCCUUCCAGAGCCUGGUCUUCAAGAACUCCAGUACAGGGCUGAUCGACACGUCCUGGAGCGCCGUGCGGAUCGGCAUCUACGCCAAACACCUGGACAACUGGCUUAGAUAUUUUCCCCUUGCACAAUUCCUCUUUGUAAGCGGCGAGAGGCUGGUAACAGACCCGGCAGGCGAAAUGGGACGUGUGCAGGACUUUCUAGGCCUCAAACGGGUGGUAAGCAAUAAGCAUUUCUACUUUAAUCAGACUAAAGGCUUUCCCUGCCUGAAGAAGCCAGAGGGAAGCAGCAGGCCGCGCUGUCUGGGGAAAUCAAAAGGCAGAGCGCAUCCACAGAUCCCGCCGGGUGUCCUGCAGAGACUCAGGGAUUUCUACAGGCCGUUCAACAUGAAGUUCUAUCAGAUGACCGGACAUGACUUUGGCUGGGACUGAAGAAAAAUGAACGCUUUCGAAAAAUGAAAUUGACUAUUGAUUUUCAGUAUCUUCAAUCCUGGUUUGGUGUGUACAGUAAGAGAUCAUGAUGUGUAUUGUGUGUUCUGGCACAGUAUGAUAUAAGCUAUAUUUCCAUCCACCCAUUUUUCAUGUACAUUUUAGGAUAUUGCUUUAAACAAAGCUUGGAAUGGGAACGCCAAGAACUGCAUCAAUUCUACAGAUGUGCAUAAAAACGUGUGUGUUCGUUUACAUUUUAAUAUGAUAAAAAAGGACAUGCAAAAUUUGGAAUAACUCGA